AUGUCACAUUCGGUUGCACAGAACCAGCCGUCAAACGCAGCCAUAGAUGGCGCGCACACAACUAUGCGCCGAUCGGCCUCCAGGAGCUCCAGUUCGAGACGACCAUACGAUCGCAGACGGCCUCCCUUUCGUUCGGAAAAGCAGGACGAUCCAGAAGAGCGAUAUCAGUUAUCGCAACAACUAUCGAGGCAAAGCACACGAAGACAGCCGAGAUGGUGGAAAAUUCGCCUAUUCAAGGGCAUGAUUGACGAUGUUAAAAGAAGGGCACCAUAUUACGCGAGUGAUUGGACAGAUGCAUGGGACUAUCGAGUGAUUCCUGCAACAGUCUAUAUGUACUUCGCGAACAUUUUGCCAGCACUAGCAUUCUCUCUUGACAUGUUCGUCAAGACCGAUAAUUCCUAUGGUGUUAACGAGGUCUUGCUGGCUAGUGUUCUGGGCUGCGUUGUAUUUGGCAUAUUCGCUUGUCAGCCUCUGGUCAUUGUUGGCGUUACUGGACCUAUUACUGUCUUCUCAUAUACAGUUUACGACAUUGUUACACCAGCAGGGUACAACUACUUCGCAUUCAUGGCAUGGAAGGGCAUACAGGUUAUCACACGACAGACAGAAAACACAGACGGGUUCGCGAGUCAGUAUCUCUCCGUCACAGUCGCUCUUUGUGUCUUUGGGGUCGCCUGGCUAUGCGGUAUCAUAGGAGGCAGUCCACUUCUACACAGGCACGUAAGGAAAUUCGUCGAUGACUACGGCACUCCUUUGACAAUCAUCUUCUUCACUGGUUUUGUUUACUUUCCUCAUCUGCGUGAAGUCAGUUUGGAACGGCUACCCACCAGCAGAGCCUUCUUUCCUACCACCGAUCGGCCCUGGUUUGUCAACUUCUGGGAGGUAUCAGCCGCUGAGGUCUUCCUAGCGUUACCAUUUGGCUUCCUGCUCACGAUCCUCUUCUGGUUCGACCACAAUGUCUCCUCCCUCAUUACACAAGGUACAGAGUUCCCACUUCGUAAACCUCCAGGUUUUCAUUGGGACAUCUUCCUGCUCGGCAUCACCACUCUCGUGGCCGGUUUUCUCGGUUUGCCUUUCCCCAACGGCUUGAUCCCUCAAGCACCAUUCCACACAGCGUCUCUAUGUGUGACGAGGACUGAAGUCGAUGAACAAGGUCGGACACAGCAAGUCAACGACCACGUCGUCGAACAACGAGUAAGCAACCUCGCUCAAGGUCUGCUCUUCCUCGUAACCAUGACCGGGCCUCUUCUCAUCGUGCUAAACCUCAUUCCACAAGGUGUACUCGCAGGACUGUUCUUCGUCAUGGGUGCACAAGCCCUAGCUGGCAACGGCGUCACUCUAAAGAUCGUCUAUCUCUUCAAGGACAAGGAGCUGACAAGUCCCACCGAUCCACUAAAGAAGAUCGAAAGACAGAACAUGGUAUGGGUCUUCGUCGCGAUAGAGCUACUUGGCUUCGCUGCGACGUUCGCCAUCACACAGACUAUUGCUGCAAUUGGCUUUCCAGUCUUCAUUAUUGCGCUCAUUCCAAUCAGAACUUGGGUUAUGCCGAGAUACUUUAAGGACGAGGAGCUUCGAGCUCUUGAUGCACCUACUGCUGGCGAGUUCGUGAUGGAGAGUGUUGGUGGUGCGUAUGGAGAGACACCUAGUGGUGAGGAUACGCCUAGAGACGAGGAGGAGGGAGGUAUCACUAAUGGAGCAGGGUCGCAUAAUUCACAUGCGCCUGAGAUAGAGAAGGGGAGCUAG